GAUCCAUAAAGCAUCGCGAGAACAUCCACCAUAUUGUUGCAAAUGCAAAUCUGUAAACAUAAAAGGCUUGUCGGAAAAAAACUCCAAAAAGUUAGUGCUAUGAAGACAAUUCAAGUCAAAACGGUAUAAGAGAUGAAGCAUAGCAAAGUUAAGCAGUGCAGAUGGCUAAAAAGAAGCACGACGGCAAAUGAUUGAAAAGAAAAUUUCCUUCUCCAGGUAAAAGAAGAUGGCCGAUGCACAAUGUGAUAACAGUGGAAUCUCAAAGUCAGCGGAGAGAACGACUGUGUUUGGCGAAGAAAACACCAGAUCUUCACAUGAAGGUGAUCAGCAGAUGUUGGCGGUUAAGGAAGAGGUUCCUGAUCUCUGGAGCUCUAGUUUGGACCAACAGAAUCCAACGCUGUUCCGGGUGAAAAAUGAAGACUGGAAGAAUGAAGACUGGAAGAAUGAAGACUGUAAAAACUUGACCGAUCCGGAUAGAGAGCUGCUUAUUGAGAAGAAAGAGCCUGACAACACAGAUUUUCCAUUCACUGUUGUUGCGGUGAAGAUUGAAGACGAAGAUGGGAACCUUCUCUCAUCAGAGCGUCUACACAUCAAAUUGGAAGACAACAUGAAGGCAGAAUCUCCAACCAGCUGCUCACCUGAACAGAUGGGAGCUGAAAGUGGCAGAGAGGACCACAGAGGACCAGAAGCAGACAGAAAUACUGAGUGUUUAAAUCCAAACACUGACAAAAAUGCUUCCAGCUCUUCAGCGACUGACGUCAGUGAUGAGAAUGAUGAUGAUGGAUGUUAUGAUGAUUCGUCAGGUUCUGGAUCCGAACAGGAAGACAGUGACGAAGACUGGCAGGAGACCAGGAUACGUCAGGCAGGAGGAAAGUCAGAGCAAAAUUCAGAUUCACAAAAAGUCCUCAAUGAGAAUAAAGUAUUUGUGUGUGACGAUUGUGGUAAACCAUUUUACUAUCUGUAUCACCUCAAGCGUCACAUGGCCCACCACAAAGGAGAGAAGCCAUUUCAAUGUGACGAAUGUGGUAAAAAGUUCACUUUGAGGGGAAAUCUGAACCAACACAUGACGAUUCAUAAUGGAGAAAAACCUUUUGCCUGCAACGUCUGCGACAGACGCUUCAGACUGAGCAGCCUUCUUCAGUCACACGUAGUAACACAUGUAGGGGUGAAAGCCUUUACCUGCCAGCACUGUGGAGAAAGAUUUGCUCGGGAGGGAGCUUUGAAGAGACAUGUUGUACGGCACACCGGCGUGAAGCCAUUUGGUUGUACUAUAUGCGAUAAACGGUUCUACAGAAAGCCCGAUUUAAAGUGUCACAUGCUGAUUCACUCGAGAGAACAAAGAGUCAGCGCUGCACCGAGGAACUUUGCUUGUGACGAAUGUGGAAAAAAAUUUAUCCACAAGUGCCAUGUAACAAGACACAUGAUCACCCACACUAGAGAAAAAAACUUCAGCUGUGAUGUUUGUGGUUUGAUGUUUAAGUGGCAGAGCGCAUUAAAGAGACACGAAAAGAAAUUUCACAACCAAUAGAAACUGCUCAGAUAUCUUGGCUCAUUAAUGUCUUUUUUAGGACAAGCUUAAUUGUGGGAAUCUUUUUGCUGAGUGAUAUUAUUGCAGCGUAUGCCAUACUUUUUACUCAUUUGAUAUUUAUCCAGGGUUAAGUAUGGAAAGAAUGAAAUGAUGGAAAAUUGAGUACAAUUAUUAAUUAGACCUUAGACUUAUUAAUUAUACAAAGAACAAAAUCUGUAGAACCAGUAGAAAUCAAUGUCUUCUUGCAUUAUUUGUCUUUAAGAAGCAUUCUUUGUCUUUGAAUAGAAACAUCUCGAUCUAAAUUGUAAACAAAGACAUUGAUUGAUUUGCUUUUGAAGGAUGUUAUUCAUUUAUUUGACCAGUUUUUACCCUAAAUAAUGUUUUGCCAUUCUUCCUUUAGUUGCUCUCAUAAGACUUUAGGAUUGAGGCACAACCUGAAGGAUAUCAAAUCCUUUUGACAUCGUUGUUAUCACUGAAGGAGGUCCUUGAAACGUGCAGAAUAAGUGAUUACAGAUCAUGGGGCAAGAAAUUAUUAAAUAUUUUCUAAAUGGUUUCUUAGAUUAUGUGUUGAAUGCAGUGGUAACUUUGUUUUUCUUUGUUUACACACAAAUAGGUGAUAAUCUGUCAGAUGAUUUAAUUAGAAGGUUAAGUCUGUACCUAAUAAGAUGAGGACAAACACUGCCUGAAACAAUAAUAAUUAAUAAAGCCUUAUAUAGCACUUUUGUUGUGU